AUGUCCGAGCAUGAAAAAGAACGCGAUCGAAUGAGGGAAAAGGUCAACGCCUGGGUAUUCGAUCCCUCCAUUUCCUCCAAGUUUCUAUCCGCCCCAACGUUUGCCGAGUCCGCUGCAUCGGCUGAAGAAGUCACCGCCAGAGUUCUCUGUAGCUACCAGAGCCUGCAGGCCAUUGUGAUGCUUCAUGAAGCCAAGAUUCAAAACCGCUGGACCAAGAAGACGAAGGAAGAUCGCCGAAAACUCUUGCUUCAAGCCUGGCCACAAAUGAACAAGCAAAGGCCGGGAUGCUUACGUGUGGAGAAACAGAUCAUUUCAAAACUUAUGGCAGCAAGAAGAACUGCCGGGAAGCCUUUAACAUACGAAGAUUUCAGUUCAGCCAUGGCCGACGAGAUAUGGUCAAGUAUGUGGGCACCAGGUGUUAACCAAGAAGACCUCUGCAGGCCGCGGAAUCUUUUGUUGCUGAUAAAGUCAAGAGCACGCAAUCACCCUUAUAUAUUUGCUGCACAAGAUGGGUUCAAAAUGCUGAAUGCUCAGUUUAGAAAGCAAAAGGAAGCAAUCAGAACCGAAACUGUGGUUUUCCUCAAUAGUGAAAAGGACUAUGGAAAAGUCAUGUUGCGGGAUGAUGUCCCACCUCCGUACGAUGGGCUUUUUCCCGGCAUACUGUUCCAAAUUCCAGAAGGAAUAGGAAUUCUCCGAUGUCAGAAGAGGCUGCUGGAAUUUCUCCUCCGCUCCUGCAUGCUCAUCCUCCAUGAUAUCCCUGAUGACGAGAUAAUCUCUGAUAAGUAUCCGGUUCAACCCGAACCCCAGGUGAAGAAGAUUCAGGCAGAUAAAAAUCGAUACGUAUCUCUCUCAACUAUGGUCGAGGAGGCUGCCUACCUGCCACCUCCUCAUGGUCUCGAUAUCCAUCGCAUCGAAUCACUCCUCAGUGCCAGGCUUGCAGCCGCAGAGGACCACAUGUUGGCACUUCGGGAAGAUCCCUCGUACUUCGAGGCCCAAUGGCGAGAGGAAUUGGAUCACAAUCCCGGUUUAGUGAAAGACAGCCAAGGACGACAGGGUUACGUACUUAACGCUAAGAGCGGAAAAGUAUUGCGACCUGGUCCAGCUCUCAUGUGGGCUCACUCAUUGGCACGGAUGAGACAGAAAGCGUACGAGCAGCUGCAAAUGUUUGACAUGCUUCGUUAUCAAGUGACGGUGAUAAAGGAACACUACCUCAUUCAUCGCCCAACGAUAACUCCGCAAAAAAAUCUCCCCGGGCCACUCUUGUACUUUUUAGUCUGGUUCCGAAAUACACUUCACAAGGCGCUCAAGGUGAUCCUGCUGGCGAUUGAUGAGGAAUUAGCAUCUUCACCUCGUCUACGCCGUUGCUUCAUUCGCCCAGAUGGUAAUCAUCAGGAUGCUCAGAUCAGAAGCUCAGUCCAAGAGUCGACAGUUGACUUCCAGUGCAUCAAGCAGGUACAGUCAUUGCUUCGGGGCCGCGAAGUCGUCGAACUCGAUAACAUGUCGGCUUACUUGGAUUCUCUAUCGCGCUUCAUGAAGGAUAAGCCCGAUAGUCAUGAACUUCUGAGCGGAGCAUUGGCAGGCCAUAUCGGUGACCUCUCCAUCAUCACACAAUGCACCAACCAACUCCAGACGUUUUAUCCCUGGUCUCGCAUCUUUGACGAAGCAAUGGAAAGCACCGAUGAGCAGACGUCCUACGCAUGGACAGUUUAUUUCAACCCCAUAGCCGAAGCGACCUCUUCUCUAGUAAAAUCACUACUAAGAGAUAUCCCCUUGCUGUGUGAUCCAACAGACCAGAAAUACGAUCAUCCAUCCACGAAGCGCAAAACGAAGUUGAACACAGAUAAGAUGCGGCAAGCAGAGUCUAAUCUAGAUAUACUCUGGGACUUUAUGGACCAGCAAGCAAUUCUAGAUCAGAAUUUGCCACCGGAUUCCAGGAUGAAAUGCUUCCACCAAGCCCACCAUCCGAAGGAACGCACCCCUGAGUGGAUAGAGCCAUCGCCUCAGCCGAUUAAACAUGCGCCUUCUUCGCCGCGCACCGGAGACGAGGUUCCCUUUAGUAUGCUGGAAAGGCUUCGCAUUGCGAGCGAACAAAGCCCAGUCGCCGAGGAGCCCAGAAAGCCCAAAACGAAGACGCGAGGCAAGCCCUCCGCUAAAGCUCCAUCACUUCCUGCUCCUCCUAACGCCGAAGAGGAAGAGCCCAUCGAAGAACAGAUAAAGGUAAACGCAAGAGCCUUCCGUGCGUUUCAGAAACUGUUCUUUGAUCCUGAUGCGCACUCAGAAGGAAAGGAUUUACCUUGGAAGGACUUCUUAUAUGCAAUGACAUAUAAGGGCCUUUUCUCGGCAGAAAGCCUAAAUGGGUCAUUGUGGGUGUUUAGGAACCAGGCAACAGGAAAUAGUCUAAACUUCCACGAACCACAUCAUCCGAACCCGAAAAUUUCGGCCUAUUACGCACGAAGAAUAGGAACGCGAAUGAAAAGGAGACUCGGCUGGCACGCGAAGACUUUUGUGAUGGUUUAG